AUUGGUUGCUGACCUACCUUUAGUGUUAACGCACGUCCCUUCACUUCUUGUUCCGGAACAGGAGCGACAUACACACACACAAGAUUCAACCAUGGAUCUUGUUCUGAACGUCGCCGAUUAUUAUGUCCUCACGCCGUAUGUGUACCCUGCAUCGUGGCCUGAGGAUGGCGCCGUGCGGCAGAUCCUCAGUUUGCUGGUGCUGACGAACCUCGGGGCUGCCAUCCUGUACCUGGGCCUGGGCGCCAUCAGCUACUUCUUCAUCUUCGACCACAAACUGAUGAAGCACCCGCACUUUUUAGAGAAUCAGGUUCAGAGGGAGAUCAAAUACGCGAUGACCUCUCUGCCCUGGAUCAGCAUUCCCACCGUCGGCCUGUUUUUUGCUGAAGUUAGAGGAUACAGCAAACUGUACGACAGCAUCAGCGAAUGUCCGCUGGGUUGGGUGGGGAUUUUUGUGAGUAUGACCUCCUUCCUGUUUUUUACUGACAUGUGCAUCUACUGGAUCCAUCGCUUCCUGCAUCACAAGCGUAUUUAUAAGCUGUUCCACAAGCCGCACCAUAUAUGGAAGAUCCCCACCCCCUUUGCGAGCCACGCCUUUCACCCAGUGGACGGCUUCAUGCAGGGACUCCCGUACCACAUCUACCCCUUCCUGUUCCCGCUCCACAAGGUCCUCUACCUGGCCCUGUACGUUUUCGUCAACAUCUGGACCAUCUCCAUCCACGACGGCGACUACCGCGUUCCUGGCCUUCUGACAAACGUCAUCAAUGGCUCGGCUCACCACACUGACCACCAUCUCUUCUUCGACUACAAUUACGGCCAGUACUUCACACUGUGGGAUAAACUGGGAGGCUCAUACAGGCACCCGUCAGGUCUCAUGGGGAACGGCCCCCACGAUCUGAUCAGGAAGCUUCAAGCAGAGGGAAAGUUAGGAGACAACGGAGUGAAAACUAACGGACAUGCCAAGAGAGGAGUCCCUCUGAAAGAGGAGUAACAGUAGGGAAUUACAGAUAAUCGUUGAAAAUGAUCACUAUUUUUGUAAAGACAAUGUGAUAAGCCCAUACUCGGUUGGUAAACAUAAUAAUUUGGGUGAGUGUACUUGCCAAAUUAGCUGUUGUUAGAUAUUUAAAUCUUUUGGAUAAACUGCAUCAUGCAAGAGAAGCAUCGGGGCACCGCAGUCUCUGACAGUCCAGUGAUGACAAUAACAGACGAGGACAGAUUCAGCAGGCUGCCAUCAAACAAAGGGACUUUACAGAGUAAGAAAUAACACAGAGUUGAGGAGAAUCAAAAAGCUGCUUGGAGCUGCUACAUCACUGCUGAGUGACGGACACUAACAAAGAAAUGGUUUGACAUCAUGAUUUAAUGUUCGACUUUGACAAAAUCUGUGAUUGUACAUGAUAAUGAACACUUAAACAAUAGCCAACACGGAAUUCAAAGCGGAAACCGUCAGAGUUUCACAUAGUCAUGAGUCGACAGUUAACACAGAAAAAAUUAGCUACUGUAGUUAAAUCCAUAACGAUGUACUUGCAACCAAAUGUUGAAUACCUAGGUUAAAAAAAUACUAGAAAUUCCCUUUAAAUGUGUCUUCAAUUGUGAAAAUGUUAUAUUUGUUGUGCCUUGGAUGACAAUUAAGACAUUUGCAUUUGCGGAAAAAAGAUUAUAUUACAUGCACUACUUAAGUGUAGUGGACAGUCUCCUCUUUUUAAGGAUAAUAAAGACAAGACAAAGACCAA